AUGUUUGUUGGCACAUCUUCGGAUACAACGACGAGCAGUUGGAGACCAGAAUUUUGCCAGUAUCAAGUAUUAAACAGACUGUAUGCUACAGUGAUGCCAGACGAUCAGCCAGACAGCCCAACGGCGGUUGCAACAUUUACUUGGUGCACAGUAGACACAAAUCAGAGUUUCGCAAAAAGGAUUAUUCCUUGUACGGGAAGAGGAUGGAAAUGUGAUGCAGAUCAACCUACCGAUUUUCAGACGCGCAUUAUUCACACCCGUUUAGGCAAGGAUGGCAUUAUCUUUUUCGAUCUUCUUUAUUUCUAA